AUGCUGAAUGUUGGAACUCCGUCGAAUUUGCCAAAGCAAGGGACUCGUAUGAAGCUUCGGUUUGGAGUAAAUAAAUGCAAGCUUCAAAAUGCUCAGAUGAUGGGGAAACUGUUGAACCGCUUCCUUGAUCGUUCAAUAUGUCCUUUGAAACCAGUUUUGAGGGAGAGAAACAGAAAACGAGGUCUCCGAGACAAUGAUAAACGAAAGUCUUUAUAUUCCAAGAACAUUAUUUGUGUUGUCACGAGAACGCCCAAAGCUGCGGAUGAGGGGUCGUCUACGGAAGGGGCUUGGCAAGCGAAAUGGCCAAAGUUUUCAUCCGCUUCGUCUGAAUCCUUAUCCGACUGCAACGGCCCAACCAACACGCAACUCCAGGUUCCAAGAUGCUCUCCAUGCAGAGAAACCGUAAAAAUAUGUUCAAUUGGUCAUCACCGUAGGUUCAAACUGCGGGGAUGGUGGACCUCAAAAGCCCUGAGCUUCUCCGAUGCAGAGGGGCUGAUUAGACCUCAAUUCCUCUCCCUUGUUCGACGUUCGACCUCCGUCAACAUAUCAAGCAUAGGAAGAAUAACCUCAUCGAAGAUGUCCUACAAGCCUGCCAUAGCCUCUAUGUCCUUGGGUCGAGCCUGGGUACACAAGCUGCCGUACAAGCUAGACCAAGCUCGAGCCUUCAACCUAACUGGCAUCGAAAUAUUCUUUGAGGAUCUCGAAUAUCUAGCCCGUGAAGAGAGUGGCAUAUCCGCAGACCAAAAUCCCUCCUCAGAAGCACAGUUGAACGCUGCCCACACGAUACGAAAGCUUUGUGAUGAAAGAGGCCUUGAGAUCAUUGGUCUCCAGCCUUUUCUACACUAUGAGGGUCUGCUCGAUCGUGAAGAGCAUGCUAGAAAGAUCGAGAAGAUGAAGCUUUGGUUCAAGAUUGCGAAGAUCCUAGAGACGGAUAUCAUACAAAUACCUGCGAGUUUCUUGGGCAAAGACAAGACUACUGGGGAUCUCGAUGUAGUGGUGGGGGAUUUGCGGAAGGUGGCUGAUAUGGGACUGCAAGAAUCGCCCGUUAUCAAAUUCGCAUAUGAGGAUUUAUGCUGGAGUACAUAUUUUGAUACAUGGCAGAAGGGGUGGGAUCUUGUGGAGAAGGUGGACAGGCCGAACUUUGGGAUGUGCCUUGACACAUACAACAUUUCAGGGAGAGUAUACGGAGACCCAGCAGCUUCGUCUGGAAAGACACCAAAUGCAGACGAGGAUAUCAAGAAGAGUUUGGAAGAGUUGAUCAAGAGGGUUGAUGUGAAGAAAGUAUUCUAUAUUCAAGUCGGGGAUGCAGAGAAGAUGCGCGACCCGCUGGUUGAAGGGCAUGCCUUCUACGCGGCAGACCAACCAGCGAGGAUGAGCUGGUCUAGAAACGCGAGGCUUUUCGCAUUUGAGGAAGGUGGGUAUCUUCCUGUAUUGGCUGUCACGCGUGCGAUCAUUGAAGGUUUGGGAUACAAAGGCUGGGUGAGCAUGGAGCUAUUCUCAAGGACGAUGGUUGAACCUGGAGAUGAAGUGCCUACAGCUCAUGCCCACCGGGCUUGGCAAGCCUGGGAGAAGCUAGAGAAGGAGAUGGCAAAUUGGAGGCUCAGAUAGUGGCAUAGUGUUUCACAUUACUGCUCUCAAAACCUUUUAUAAGCCUCAUGUCACUUUCAUUCUUCUUGCAUUUCUAUGCAGAAGCACUAGAGUGCCUUCUGUUCCUCAACCCACUGCCUUUCCUCGAUUUUCUGCUUCGGGUGAUCGUGAUCUUCAGAGCCGACUGCGAUCAGCAACGACUUGAAACACGCCUCUUUGGGAUAUUACAAUAGUCUAAGUUGGUCAAGUGACUUGGAAAUCCAUCGUGCAAGCACAGUAUUUCACCACUUACAACCUUUUGAAGAUCCAAAUAAAGACUAGCUGCCUACAAUAUCGCUUCAUACAGCUGGACAGAUAGGGCUGUUUUCAUACUGCUAUCAUUACCUUUAAGAACCAUUAAGCCGUUGAGGUCAACCUCGAACCUUCAUCCUCCAUUCCACCAACGUCGAAAGUUGACUUAUUCAUAAGCAACCAACAAUACUCCAUCCUUUCCCUCACAUAGACACGGCCAAAAGAACCACCUAACAACUGUCGGCUUGGCCAAAAAGCCGGCAGCCUCUCGACCUCCUCACCGUCAAUUUUCGGUCGUCCACUCGCAGAAUGGACACUCCCAGUCCUCGAAAAAGUCCUUGCCGUCUUCAAAAAGCAGAUCGUCCAUCGCCAACACCGAAAGACAAUGUGAGUCUGAAUUGCUGAUCUGGAAGAGGAAAUUCCUCUUUGAAGCAGUACGCUGUUACACAGCUCCAGCGUUGUGGAGCUUUACCGACAAGAAAGGCGGUUGAUGCCUUGCCCAGAGAAGAAGCCAAAGAGAAAAAGUCGGAUGAUGAUGCGCCCAAUCACGCUUGCGAUGCUUGCACCUAAAAUCUACCUGCUUCGAAUUAUAGGCGCGCUAAGCUCGCUCCAGAUUGGAUGGCGAUGAUUAUGAUAUGUAAUGAUCUCUCAUACAGAAACAGAUCUUCGGGAAGUGCGAGGAAAUAUGCAGAAACCCCAUUUGGAAGCGGAAAGAAGAUGGAACGAAUGAAGCGGAAUGGCUCCAACUGAUUUCAAGGUCAAUUUGGGAGAGGUAUUUGGUCGAUACACCCAUCCCAUUACUUGCACGAAAACAAAACUCUUGUGUCUUUCAGUGCCUGAGUGCCGCCCCAUGAUGAUGCAGCACACAGCGACUCGGGAAGAUGUCCAUUGCUCACUCUGCGUUAUUUCAUCCUAUGUUCUAUUUGCGCACGGGGUAAUUCUUGUUUGGUGCUAGUCUUGGUAAGAGGUUUUUCCAUGCGACAAUGAUAGGUAUCAGGAAUUAGUAUAGUCGGGAAUUAAGCGAGAGUAAUCUCUGAAGAGAGGUUAACAGAUAUUUCGAAUUUAGAG